AUGCUGGUGGUAGAUGAAGAAACAGGUGUCAUCAACCCUCAACAUUGCAUUGAAGAGUGGAUAGAUAACCGAGUAGACAUACUGUUCUACGAACGAUUCUUCAAUUGGGAAAUCAAUGUUUCCUCGUAUUUGGUAGGUAAACUAUUGUUUAUAACCCCCUGA